AUGAGCUUGAACCUGACGCCGGAGAGCACGGCUGCUACAAGGCAGAAGAACGAAGAAGCUAUUCGAGAAGAAUGGAUUAAGGUCAUGCAGGUCCGUCUCGUGCAUGACGAACUGCAAAAGUGUCACCGUGCCGAGGGUGAAAACCACUACCAGGUGUGCGGUCCGAUCGCCAGAGUGUACAAGGACCUGCUCAAGGAAGCCAAGGUCAAGGGCUACCGCUCGAUUGAUGCAUAG